GAGUGAAGAGCUGAAGGAGCAGGAAGCGCAGCAGCUUUGAGUCGGAGCCGUAAAUCUGUGCAGUGAAGGACUUUAGAUCUUCUGAUGAGGAAACGAGCUUCGCUCCGAGUUUCUGACCAGUUUCAUCUGGACGUUGCAGUGGAAUCGAUCAGCUUCUAACCUUGAAGGUCGUCCCAGAGACGCUGCGUUAUAAGAUGCUGUUUGCCGAACUCAGCAGCUGAUUGACCAGGAGGUUUUGGGCUGUUGGUGUGUUUGUGUUCUUCAGUAUGGAGAGUGUGCGCGAGCGCCUGGUCUCCUGCUGCUUCUCCACCUUUCCAUGUCUGCGGGAAAAGGAGCUCGAGCCGGGCGAAGAAUUGAAGUCUAAGCCAGAUUCAAGGGGUCUGACCUUCUCGGACCAUAACCGUGAUCAGACGUUUACUCCAUCAACCCAGCGGACCCCACAGACCCCGCAGACCCCGCCGCCCGAGUUUGUGGCGCUGUUUGAUUACUCGGCGCGCACAGCGGAGGACCUGAGCUUCCACACGGGAGACACAUUUCAGCGGCUGCACGACGACGACGUCGACUGGUGGUUCGUCAGAGCCCUCAGUGGAGUUUCAGCUAACAAGACAGGCUACAUUCCAUGUAACUACGUAGCGCAGGUGGAGAGCCUGGACGCAGAACCAUGGUACUUUGCUGAUACGAAGCGUUUGGAUGCGGAGAAGUUGCUGCUGGCUGAUGGAAAUCAACAUGGAGCGUUCCUCAUCAGACACUGCGAGAGUCAAGCAGGAGAACUAUCUCUGUCAGUGCUGGACCAGGGUAAAGUGAAGCACUACAAGAUCCGACGGACGGACUACAGCCAUUAUUUUGUGUCGAGGAGCCGCAGUUUCCAAACAUUAAAAGAACUGGUGCAGCACUACAGCCAGCAGGAGGAUGGACUGUGUGUCCGGCUCAGACAGCCCUGCAAGAAGGCUGAAGCUCCACAGACUUAUGGGCUGUCCUACAACACGGUUGAUCAGUGGGAGAUCCCCCGCAGUUCCAUCCAGCUGCUCCAGAAACUCGGUGCUGGACAGUUUGGAGAGGUUUAUGCAGGAGUGUGGAAUCACACGACCUCAGUGGCUGUGAAAACUCUCAAACCAGGCAGCAUGGAUGCCGAGGACUUCCUGCGUGAAGCUCAGAUCAUGAAGAAGCUCCGACACCCCAAACUGAUCCAGCUGUACGCAGUGUGCACUGUGGGGGAGCCCAUCUACAUCAUCACUGAGCUAAUGAGCAACGGCAGCCUGCUGGAGUACCUGCAGAAAGACAAAGGAGCUGCUUUACGUCCUUCUGAUCAGAUCGAGAUGGCGGCUCAGGUUGCAGCAGGUAUGGCGUACCUGGAGCUGCAGAACUACAUCCACAGAGACCUGGCAGCCCGGAAUGUUCUGGUGGGGGAAAACAACGUGUGUAAAGUAGCAGACUUUGGUCUGGCCAGAGUGUUUAUGAAAGAAAACGAUGGCCUUGAUGACGGAGAUGAUGAGAACGUGUACCAAGCGAGAGAGGGCGCUAAGUUCCCGGUGAAGUGGACGGCUCCCGAGGCCAUUCUUGACAAUAAAUUCAGUAUCAAAUCUGACGUCUGGUCAUUCGGCAUCCUGCUGUACGAGAUCAUGACCUUCGGACAGAUGCCUUACCCGACCCUCACUAAUUCACAGGUUGUGCAGAAGCUGCGUAGCGGGUAUCGAAUGUCAUGUCCAGCGAACUGUCCAAAGGUUCUGUAUGACAUAAUGAGGGAAUGCUGGACGGAGACGCCUGCUAACCGGCCCACCUUCGAAACGCUGCAGUGGAAACUUGAGGACUUCUUUGACCUGGAUGUCACUUCCUAUGACGACGCAAGCCGCUACUGACCAACUGUUCCACCGACGUUGGUUCCCACACCAACAGCUACCCUGCCAACACCUUCCAUGGCAACAGUCCAUGAGCAACAGCCCCCUUGACAACAGUUAACCCACCAACAUCUCCCAUGGCAACAGUCCAUGAGCAACAGCCCCCUUCACAACAGUUACCCAAGCAACAGCACCCAUAGCUAUGGCUCAAUGGUAAAGGCCAGGCAGCCAGGCAAUUCCCCCUCAGCACUGAUGAGGGGCUGUUGUCAGCAUUGAUGCCACUGAUGAUGUCAGUACUGAUGUCAUUUUUUGUUUUUAUUCUGGCAGAGUUUAAAUCUAAAUAUACUUUAAAAGUAUACUGAAAUAUUUAAAGACACCUUGAAACAGCUACACGUGUCAGAUGUGAUGAUGCUGACCUGCUCUCUGCUUCUGUUUUGCCCCUCAUCAGAUCUCUCUGUCCUCUCUGUUCCCCGUUAGAGACACACUCCUCUCCAGCUUCAGGGCUCCCAUCCUGCAGUGCAGUGCCAUCACUGCUCCGCUGGCUUUGAGAGGGGUGAGGGAUCAAGUCAGCAUAAAUACAGACUUCUGAAACAUAAUCUGACAAAAUUUCCUGUUCAAAGCUGUGCCAGACAAAGCUGUUCCUACAGCAGAGCGACCUGUGACUGUAUCUCCUUUACUUUCUCUGCUAGCUGCUCAUUAGCAAGCUAAAUGCUACAUAGCCUUCAACAACAAAAGAGAAGCUCCACUGCUCUCUUCCUAAACCCUGAAGAUCCCGAUAGAACAAUUCCACAGAAAAUGAACGUAUGAACUCUUUAAAACCCAAAAAACACUUUACACCAAGUUCGCUUGGCUAAUGACACACUGGAGCUGACCUAGAGACCGGACAGGCCACACAGUCUAGCUCGUCCAGCCGCUGAACACUGGAGCUGACCUAGAGACCGGACAGGCCACACAGUCUAGCUCGUCCAGAGAGCGUGGAAGUGUUUUGACCCGAUUGGGUUCCUCGGGCCCCGAGCCGAGCGCUGAGGGUCAGUGAGGGUUUCACUUCCCUGCAGGACACAGCGGUUCAGGGAAAAACCAAACUCUGACAGUUUCUCCGCUCAGCCCUCCCAAACGGAGCGGAUCAGCCAAGACGUGUUUCUGAAGUUUUAGCCCUGGAGCUACGAGGCUAAUGCAAGCUUAUACGCUGCCAGUCGGCACGGUGCUAAAUCAUCACUCGCCUCCAACCGUGAGGAGCUGCUGAGCCUCUAACAGACUUCAGGCCACGUUUCUAGAUGAUGGCGUGUUUUACAGGCCGUGUAAACCCUGUUAGCAUGACUUCAUUCCAUUCUUCACAUUUUUCCUCUGAUACUCAGACGGCGCGCUGUGACUGACUUGGUCGUCAGGCUGUCACUGGUAUCGGUGUUCGUGAAGCCUGAUCAACAGGUUUCUGUGUGGUGGAACAUUAAGACACGCCCCUUUGUGGUCACCAUGUCAGGUGUUUGUGAAGUUUUUCUUUUUUUUUUUAUCUGUGUCAUUUUGUCUCCCCCUGCUGGAGGUUUAAUCACACUGCAGCUGAUCAUUCUUAUCGCCCCCUGCUGGAGGUUUAAUCACACUGCAGCUGAUCAGUCUUAUCGCCCCCUGUUGGAGGUUUAAUCACACUGCAGCUGAUCAGUCUUGUGUUUCUCUGAUUGGCUGAAACUGAAACUGCGAUUUGUCUUCUGUGUAAAUACUGAAAUAUCUAGAUUAUUAAAUGUGUAUCUGUUUAUAGCUAAUAGAGCAGAACUAAUAGAUUAUAUAGUCCAGAUUACAAUAUUGAAGCACUGUGAGAAUAUUUAGUGGAUCGAACAAAUCAAUUACAGCUCAGGUUUCGAUGGAAAAAAGUAUUUUUAUGAUAAUUAAAUGAGAUAUUAUAAGUGUGUGUAUGCAUGUGUGAGAGUGUGUGAUGUAAGCUAGUAUGGAUUGGUUUAUUAAUAGUAAUAUUUUAAUUAUAGAUCUGUGUAAUUUGAUGCUUAUUCUGGUAAAACAGCUCAAUUUGUCAAAUAAACAAUUUUACUGUUUC